AUGGCACACAUGGACUGGGGAAACCAAACGGCCUUCACGGAAUUCAUCCUCCUGGGAUUUGGGGAUCUCCCUGACCUGCAAAUUCUUCUCUUCCUGCUCUUCCUAGUGAUCUACCUCACAACAGUGGCUGGGAACAGCCUUAUCAUUGCGCUAAUUGUAACUGAUCAGCAACUGCACACCCCCAUGUAUUUCUUCCUGGGGAACUUGUCCUGCUUGGAAAUCUGCUACACCUCCACCAUCCUGCCCAAGAUGCUUGCCAGUCUCCUGACUGGGGACAAAACCAUCUCAGUCAAUGGCUGCAUGACACAACUGUAUUUCUUUGCAGUUCUGGCAGGUACAGAAUGUUAUCUGCUAGCAGUGAUGUCUUAUGAUCGGUAUUUAGCGAUAUGUAAACCCCUGCACUAUUCAACUCUUAUGAAUACCAGGUUUUGCCUCCAGUUGGCUACUGGCACAUGGUUAAAUGGUUUUUUGGCUAUUACCAUCUUUAUUUUAUUCAUGUCACAGUUCACAUUCUGUGGCCCGAAGGAAAUUGACCAUUUCUUUUGUGAUCCCAUAUCACUGAUAAAACUGUCCUGCGGAGACACAGGCCUGAUCAUAUUGUUGGAUUUCAUAUUAGCCUGUGUAUUCACCUUGCCUCCAUUUCUUCUAACCCUGAUGUCCUACAUGUGUAUCCUCACUGCCAUCCUGAGAAUCUCUUCCACCACCGGGAGGCAAAAGGCAUUUUCCACCUGUUCCUCCCACCUCACUGUAGUGACAAUUUUCUAUGGAACAAUAAUGAUUGUGUACAUGCUACCGACACUCGAUACACUGAGAGCCCUAAAGAAAGUGCUCUCACUUUGCUACACAGUCCUGACUCCCCUGGUAAACCCCCUUAUCUACAGCCUGAGAAACAGAGAGGUCAGGGAAGCCUUGCAUAAAACAGUCAGUAAAUGUGGCUUUCACAAAAAAAUUUCAGGGAGUCCUAGAUAA